AGAGAGAGAGAGAGAGAGAGAGAGAGAGAGAGAGAGGCAGACAAUGCAUAGUACAGACCGCCCAAUUCAUAUAGAAGAAAACGGCAAAGGGUUCGUUGUUAUGAUCGCCCCCUUCCUUUUCAAACAAUCUCUAUCUGUUUUCUUCUCUUUCUUCACUUUCAGUUUCAGAAAUCUCUCAUGGCUUCCAUUACUUCAGCUUCACCAGCUCUUUUUGCCACCCUUCCUUCCACUCCCAAGCUCAAAUGCAGCAUCAGACAAGCUACCAAUUUCUCUUCCAUGGGUGGGGUGAAACAACUGCCAAAGAUUCAAAUCACAAAGGCAGCAGAAAGAUCUUUCCAACUCCGCCGUUGCUUCAAGAACACAAUUUCAUGCUCCAUUCAGGCUCAACCAGAAACUCUGGAAAUAGUGCAGAGCACAAUAGCAAAGCAACUGUCAAUUGAUGAAUGCACUGUUAGCCCCCAAACCAAGUUUGCUGAUUUGGGUGCUGACUCCCUUGACACUGUUGAAAUUAUGAUGGCACUGGAAGAAAAGUUUGGAGUGUCAGUCGGAGAAGGUGGUGCUGAGAAUAUUGCUACAGUUCAGGAUGCUGCUGAUCUGAUUGAGAAAGUGAAGGCUGCUUCAGCUUAAUAAGUUUUGAUCAAAUUCAAAACAUAA